GAGCGGGCCUUGCGUAUCGCGCUUCCACUCUUUACGAGGCGAGUUCACGGGUAGAACGCGAUGAAAACGGCAGUCGCAUGCGGACCAGCCUGCUGCAACCACUGGGACAGGCGGACUCAUCGGUGCCGACCAACCGACCACCGGACCAGUUCAUCCUGGAGUUCCCAGAGAAGAUUGAACUACCUAGUUCCUUCGAAAACAAUGUAAAAUCACGGCGGACUGCCUAAACACUGCGACAAGUGGAGCCCGGAAAUUCGCCGACCCUGAGGAUGAUCUUGAAGAAGAGCUGAAGAUACGAUAGACUUUUAAAGACAGUCUCCGAAGGGUUCAAAUUUGGAGGACGAUGCUUAGAAUGGCAAAAAAAAUAUCCUGAGGCGUCCCGACCUUGAAGAACCGAAAGAUAGCGGAGAGCUCCCGAAGAAGACCGUGAUAAUGUUGUCGAGUCGUAAGAGAACCUCGAAGAGUGGAGUCGUAAUCCGAUCUUGGAAGUUCUAAAGGGGGUAUCCUGAAGAGAGAUAACCUUAGGACCUCCGAGAAGCCCUCUCGAGUCACGGCCUUGAGGAGGACCCUAAGGAACGCCGCGAAGGGAUCUUGAAGAGUCCUUGAAAUUCUUGGACUGGAGAGGUUCUCGAAGAAGCGUCAUUUUUCUCCGAUAAAGGGGAUCCUCGGAAUCGGAUUUUAGUGGGGCGAAGGAAGAGUGAUCCUGAAGCCGUUCACCCUGAGGACCUUUUCUGCGAGAUUUCUCUUACGAAGAGUCGGAGGAGUAAGGUGUGACCCAUUUUGCCCGAUCUCCUUCCUGGAUCGUUCGUCUCGAGAACGGUCGGCGAUCUAGGUUUCGCGCUAAGUGGGACGUUCGAGAGGAUCUCGAAGACUGGUCGAUCCUGGUGACCCAAUGCUUAUCGUUGAUUGGCUGGUCAUCUAGGUCGAAUGCUGAUCCGGUGAACAAGAUACGGAAAAUGGCCGCGACCGGUAUGAGGAUCUACUUCGGACAUGAUCGAAACUCGGUCGGGAAGUGACCCUGAAGAGCCGAGGAUCAAGUAGGGCUGCUCGAAGAGGGAGGUCGGGAAAUUCGAGAUUAAGUGGAGGGCGCUUCUAAGGACUAUUUGGCCUGCUAGGAUCAUGAUAGUCAAGGACAACAUGUGGCGCCAACGUCGACUGGCCGUCCCUAAGAGGACCAGCGAACUCGUGGCUCUGGUGGCGCUCUCGAGCACGUUGUUCCUCUUCCUGCACACGAGGGACCUGCAUUCCCGACUUCGCGAGAUGGAAGUGCGACUCCAACCCGGGGACGACGAGAACUUGUCGUCGAACCAGCUGUCUUCGGAAGGAGUGCAAGAUUCGGGGCCGAGUGGGAUCGUUCACUACACCAACGCUCAAAGGGUUACUACCGAGCUGUACGUGGACUCGGAGCUUUUGGACGUGGACGCCUUGAACAACACGAAGAGGGCCGGCAGAGACGUGCUCUUCUUCAAUCGGGUGCCGAAGGUGGGCUCUCAGACCUUCAUGGAGUUGCUGAGGAGACUCUCCAUGCGCAACGGGUUCUCCUUCAACAGGGACCGGGUGCAGAGAGUCGAGACGAUCCGAUUGGCGCCGAUCGAGCAGCUGCAGCUAGCCACGAUGGUCAGCUCUUACGCCGAGCCCUCCGUCUACGUGAAGCACGUGUGCUUCACCAACUUCACCGAGUUCCACUUGCCGGAGCCGAUUUACGUGAACCUCGUCCGCGACCCCAUCGAGCGCGUCAUUUCCUGGUAUUACUACGUAAGGGCGCCCUGGUAUUACGUCGAGAGGAAGCAGAUUUUCCCAGACCUGCCUCUGCCCGAUCCCAGCUGGCUGAAGAAGGACUUCGAGACCUGCGUCCUGAGCGGCGACAGGGAGUGCAGGUACCUGGAGGGAGAGAUCCACGAGGGCAUCGGCGACCACCGUCGGCAGACCCUCUUCUUCUGCGGUCACGGCGAGAAGUGCACGCCCUUCAACACCCUCGGCGCCCUGGAAAGGGCGAAGCUCGCGGUGGAGAAGCAUUACGCCGUGGUGGGAGUCCUGGAGGACGUGAACAGCACCCUCACGGUCUUGGAGAACUACGUUCCCCGAUUUUUCGAGGGCGCCACGGAGGUUUAUUACGACCAGGAGAACUCGUUCACGAAGAUCAACAGGAACUUCUUCAAGCCCCCUGUGAGCGAGGAGGUGAAGGACCUGGUUCGCCGGAACUUCACUCGUGAAGUGGAGUUCUACCAGUUCUGCAAGCAGCGACUUCACAAGCAGCUCAGAGCCCUGAAGCUGGCCAAUCCGCCGUUCACGGGGAAUUCUCUCUAAGAAGGUCCCGAAGAGCUUCCAAGGAUGCUUUCAGAGGACGAUCUUCAGGUCGCAGAGGCCUCCACGAGGUCCUCGAUAGGUCGCGGACCUCGGGAAACAGGGAUCAGGAUCGAAGCUAGGGAUAUCAUCUCGUUCGUUAAUUUCCUCCCCGGAUUCGACGAGAGCUCUCGAAGGGCGGCUCGAAUUUUCCUGAAAUGAAAAAAUCAAAAGCUUAGAGUUGGGGGUUCUAGGAACGCACUCGUUAAACGAAAAAUAAGAAAGAAAAAAAAGAAAGAGGGGGAAAAAUCAAAACUAGGUCUUGGUGGCUGGGAAAAGGCGGUACAUUUUCGAGGAAAUAUUCGGGAAGGAAGUUUCAAGGGAAAACCGAGGUCGAGUAUUUACGGGGAGAGUGGAUAGUUAAAAAGAAAAAGAAACCCGAUAAGCUGCGAUCGGCGGGAAACUAGACUAUCUCUCAAUUUCCCAUGUCUUGGGUUUACCGAGAUCCAUUAUUUUUGCAUUAAAUGCAUCUGAGGGAAAGGAUUAAGGAGUCGAGCCUCGUAAUCAAGGAACACCGAGUGAUCAAUUUAGUGCCAAAAUUCUCGCGAGUCAACGAAAUUAUCGGUGUUUCGAGGGGACCAACGAUAAGACGGAAACAUCUCGCGAGUCGAGUGCAUCUCCUUUUCCUUCUGGGGUGAUAUCGCUACACUUGCGGAUGGUAUCGUAGUUCUUCAUAAGUAGAAUCGUAUUCAGGUGUUCACCGUAUUUCCAAGAGGGCUGUAAAGAAUAAGAAUGACAUUUCGUACCUGUAACAACGAGAGAGGAAAGCCGUGUAUACUUGCAAUGUAAUGGCGCCAUUAAAAGUCAUUCGACGUUUCUUUAA